AUGUCCGAGGACACUGAUGUCGAAGUGCUAAUGCCAAAUGAAGACCUUCGUACUUCAACAAAUGGUGCAAAAGGAAGUGCCAAAAGAUCAAGCAACUAUACUCAUAAGGAGGACAUUCAAUUGUGCAUUUCAUGGCAGAGCAUUAGCUCAGAUCCUAUUAUUGGCAAUGAGCAACCAGGGAAGGCAUAUUGGCAGAGGAUCGCAGAGCACUACCAUGCUAACCGUGAUUUUGAGUCUGAUAGGAAUGCAAACUCUCUUGAGCACCAUUGGGGUAACAUUCAGAAGGAAGUUCUUGAAGCUGAGGCAUUAUACUCGUCCACUGCACCAAAGAAUAGGGCAUUUCAGUUUAAUCAUUGUUGGCUCAAGUUGAGGAAUUCUCCAAAGUUUCAAACACUAGAAUCCCACAAGAGGCCACGGUCUAGGAAGUCUUCGACCCCAAUUGAGAGAGCUGGUGAAGAAGAUGAAGGAGAUGAUGCUAGCAAGAGUACAGCUCCUGAUUUAUCUCAGCCGAGUGCUAAAAAGAGACCAAUAGGUAGGAAGCAAGCAAAGGAAAAGUUGAAGAAUGGAGGACAAGAUGGACCAUACAAAGAGGCGAUGAAAGAUUUGCUUGACGCUAAAGAGAAAGAAGCGAAAUUGAAAGAAGAGAGAUGGAAGGAAACUAAGGAGAUUCAAGAGCGCAAGCUCUUAUUUGCUGAGCGUAAGUUAGUGUGGGAUCAAGAACAGAAGAUUAUGUUUUGUGAUGUUUCCACCUUGGAACCGGAUGUGAGAACGUAUGUGUUGGCUAUGAGGGCACAGAUUGCAGCUUCAAAGGUGGCUGCCCUCAAUGGUGGAUUUGAUGGUAGUAGUGGCUUUGGAGGUGAGUUUGGUGGCGGUAAUGGAGAAGUUUGA